UCAAGCAGCAGCUGGUUGCCUGACGUUGCUGUGACAAACUAUUCCUCCAAGAUAUCUGUAAACAUGCUGUCUUUCACAUUGAGGCAAGUCGUACGCCCUCUGUGCCAGCGUACUCCAGUGGCCCUGGGUGUCCGUGGGCAGCAGUCCCACGCAGCCACACGUGCAGUGGAUGAGGAGCGUGCGUGGACGGGGCAGGAGAGCCUUGCUCAGGAUGAUCCAGAGAUGUGGGACCUUCUGCUGAAGGAGAAGGAUAGGCAGUGCCGGGGUCUUGAACUCAUCGCCUCUGAGAAUUUCUGCAGUCGAGCCGCGCUGGAAGCCCAGGGCUCCUGUCUGAACAACAAAUACUCAGAGGGCUACCCAGGGAGGAGGUACUAUGGCGGAGCAGAAGUGGUGGACAAGAUUGAGCUGCUGUGCCAGAAGAGAGCCCUGGAAGCCUUUGAUCUGGACCCUGCCUUGUGGGGAGUCAAUGUCCAGCCGUACUCCGGCUCCCCUGCUAACUUUGCUGUCUACACUGCUGUGCUCAAACCCCACGAUCGCAUCAUGGGCCUGGACCUCCCUGAUGGAGGACAUUUGACCCAUGGCUAUAUGUCGGAUGUAAAGAGAAUCUCUGCCACCUCCAUCUAUUUUGAGUCUAUGCCCUACAAGCUGAAUCCUGCUACAGGACUCAUAGACUAUGACCAGAUGGAGAUGACUGCCAAGCUGUUUCGGCCCAAGCUCAUCAUCGCUGGCACCAGUGCCUACGCCCGCCUUAUUGACUACGCCCGCAUCAAGAAGCUUUGCACUGAAGUAAAGGCAUACAUGUUGGCUGACAUGGCCCACAUCAGCGGUCUGGUGGCAGCCAAAGCCAUCCCCUCCCCCUUCGAGUACGCUGACCUGGUCUCCUCUACCACACACAAGUCCCUCCGAGGAGCCCGGGCUGGCCUUAUCUUCUACCGCAAAGGUGUUCACUCAGUGGAUAAGAAGGGCAAGGAGAUCAUGUAUGACCUUGAGGAUAAGGUCAACUUCUCUGUCUUCCCCUCUCUCCAGGGCGGACCUCACAACCAUGCCAUCGCUGGUGUGGCUGUGGCACUCAGACAGGCUCAUUCACCCAUGUUCAGGGAGUAUAUUGCCCAGGUACUGAAGAAUGCCAAGGCAAUGGCUGUAGCUCUGCUCAGCAAAGGCUACACAUUGGUUUCAGGUGGGACAGAGAACCACUUGGUCCUUGUGGACCUACGGCCUAAGGGCAUCGAUGGGGCACGAGCCGAGAGGGUGCUGGAGCUGGUAUCAAUCACGGCCAAUAAGAACACCUGCCCCGGGGACAAGAGUGCCCUGACUCCUGGUGGCCUCAGGCUAGGUGCCCCAGCACUGACCUCCCGGCAGUUCAAAGAAGCUGACUUUGUGCAGGUUGUGGAGUUCAUGGAUGAGGGCUUCAAAAUAGCCUUGGAUGUCAAGAAAAAGACCGGUAAGCUGCAGGAAUUCAAGGACUUCCUGGUCCAGGACCCAGAGACGGUGGCUUGCAUCGCCAACCUCCGCAGCCGCGUUGAGGCGUUUGCCAGGCCCUUCCCCAUGCCAGGUUUCCAUGACCACUAAACCAGCCCAGAAGAGAUUGAGCAGCAGUGCCGGGGUGGUACAAGAUACAAGAUGGGUGUCAAGGAGAGACGACACAGUGAUGGUACUGCUAAUUCCCAGUGAAUACAGAUGACUCUGGAGUUGAUCACUACGACACAUUUUCCAGUUUGUCCAGUCAGACGCAUGAAGAACAAUAUUUUUUUUCUACUUUUAUCUUUUAACACUUUUGUGAAGUCAUCCAUUAGUCCGUGUUCGAACACAUUCUCAUUGGAUUGUUUACAUGAAAAGAGCAAUGUUUCCCAGCUGUUGUCUUUGUACAUCCUCUUCAACAUGCUGUCAAAACAAAACAAAAAAAACGUCCAAUCAAACAACAUAAGCUGAAAAAGAUCAGAUGUCCAUGUGAAGCCCUUGCUGUCACAGACAUAAUGGCUUGAUUAGUUUGUAUUCUGCCAUAAUUAGACACCCUUAAGAAUCUUAAUGCUGCGAGAAGUCUUAAACUUAGCUGUCUUAUCUAGAUGAAUGCGUUCACAUGGAGAUGUGUGCAUGUCGGCCCUGCAUGUGGGGGUGUUGUGUAUAUUACAAGCUGCACAAGAAAGCUGAAAGUGGAUGGAUUAAAUAUGAUGCAUCUUUAAAGUUAACGGGUGUUCUAGAUGUGAAUUAUUCAGUAUUUUAAUUCAGAAAUUGUAUUAACAGGUCCUGAUUACAUAGUUAUUGUAGUCCUUAUUUAAAAGCUAUGAUUUGAAGACAGUUAUAUUAACCCCAAAGAUUCUUUUUAUUUUAUUUUUUUAACCUUUGCUUUCUUGAAAAACACCUGAACUGGAAGGGUCCAUGUCAGACAUUUAGAAGAGCGAAGUGAAAAUACACACGAUUUUCCAUUAUGGGGUCACCUGCUUUUCUAGCAUAUCAUAAAUGAGAGAUUUAAAAGGAAUUGACCUGCACAUCCUUUUAUUUUGUUAUUAAUCAUUUUGAUAAAUGGAUUAAAAUAAAUGUAACGAUUAAUAGGACCACUCUGGUUCAUUUCAUGUGUUUAUAAAGAGAAUUUACUUUUCUAUGUAUUAUCAAAAUGGAAUGAAUAUAACUUGUAGUUUUCCUCACAGUCACAAUUUUUAGAAACAUCUGCUGUAGUUGCUUUUUGUGAGGUUAACAUUUGAUAAAUACCUAUCCGUGCAUCUUUGUUUUAAUUGUCUAAUGUAAUGAUAGGACGGUGGAUACUGGAGGAGUGUAACAGUGUAAUUUGAUGUCAGUAUUUUGAAGCAGUUUUGUGAUUGCUUUUUCUCUGUUUGCGGAUCUUUGGUUCAGAAAUUGGAAGUGCUAUGAGUGUUUUUAUCACUGCAUCAGUGAGCAAGCAAGAUGUAUUGUUUAUAAAACUGGAUGGGAGGCUUUUGUUAUCACUGAGGUAUAUUUUUCCUGACAGUUUACAGCUUCCAGGCCUUUGGAGAACCUUUUGUCAGCCAAUAGAUGGGCAUUGCCAAAAUACGACAAUUUUAAGUGUUGUCCACAAAUUCGCAUUGUUUGUUUUAUCAUCUCUCUGACAUUUUACUUAACCUGAGUACGUUUACCACCUGUUCAACUUUGAAAUACUUUUUUUCAGAGCAUUUUAUAGAAUACAUGCUAAUCCUAAGAAUUAUAUGCAGUAAUUCAAAUACACUGUGGUCUGUCAUUUUUUUAUGAAUAUUCAUUACUACACCAUAUUCAUCUUCAUAUUUUAAACAAACCUGAGAAAUGGUUGUUUAGUGCUUAAGGGGAUGUUCUGUGAAAACAUAUUCCUGUUUACUUGGAAUGUGGCUGUGAGUUGUUGGAGGAGCACACAGCUGA